CUGUCCCCUCCGCACAGCGCCUCUAGCCGGAUCUCGGCGUCCGCUCCCUAGGAGCCGCCAUAUUGAUCGCUCGGAGACGAGGAGAGGUGAUUUGAAGAACCGAGCCCUCACCUCCUCGUCCAGAAUAUGUCGGGCCCGGUUCCAAGUCGGUCCAGGGUUUAUCCUGAUGUAAACACACAAAGACCUCGGGAAUAUUGGGACUACGAAUCACAUGUAGUCGAGUGGGGUAAUCAAGAUGACUAUCAGCUCGUGCGAAAACUGGGCCGAGGCAAAUACAGUGAAGUCUUUGAAGCCAUAAACAUCACAAACAAUGAAAAAGUUGUUGUCAAAAUACUUAAGCCAGUCAAAAAGAAGAAAAUCAAAAGAGAAAUAAAGAUUCUUGAAAACCUAAGAGGCGGCCCCAACAUAAUUUCACUUCUAGAUAUUGUCAAAGACCCUGUGUCACGAACGCCAGCACUUGUUUUUGAACAUGUGAACAACACAGAUUUUAAGCAACUGUAUCAGACGCUAUCAGACUACGACAUUCGGUUCUACAUGUAUGAAAUCUUAAAGGCUUUGGACUACUGCCACAGUAUGGGAAUCAUGCACAGGGAUGUGAAACCACACAACGUAAUGAUCGACCAUGAACACAGAAAGCUACGCCUCAUAGAUUGGGGUUUGGCAGAAUUCUACCACCCUAACCAGGAAUACAACGUCCGAGUCGCGUCCCGGUACUUCAAGGGACCCGAGCUGUUGGUUGACUACCAAAUGUAUGACUACAGUUUGGACAUGUGGAGCUUAGGGUGCAUGUUGGCCAGUAUGAUCUUCAGGAAAGAACCCUUUUUUCACGGACACGACAACUAUGAUCAGCUUGUGCGAAUUGCCAAAGUAUUGGGCACAGAAGAUUUGUAUGACUACAUUGACAAGUACAACAUUGAAUUAGAUCCACGAUUCAAUGAUAUUUUGGGCAGACAUUCGCGUAAGCGGUGGGAGAGGUUUGUGCACAGUGAGAAUCAGCACCUGGUCAGUACAGAGGCCCUAGACUUCCUAGACAAACUGCUGCGCUACGACCAUCAGGCUCGGCUGACAGCCCGCGAGGCCAUGGAGCAUCCCUACUUCUACCCUGUUAUGAAAGACCAGACACGGAUGGGCUCCACACCAGGGGGUCCGACAAGCAACACUGCAGUGAGCUCCUCAAGCAUGAUGGCAGGGGUGACAUCAAUGUCCUCAUCUCAGCCAAUGGGAAACAUCGCUGGGUCACCAGUCAUCUCUUCUCCCAAUACAAUGGGCCCACAAGCUGCAACUGCUACUGGAACCCAGCCUUGAUCUCUACUCCCCACUGCACACAGAAAAAUUCAUAGAGACACAAAAACGUACAAAAGGCAUGUGACAAGUCAUGUGGGCCGAAACCGAUGGAUCAUUUGGGCACAAUUUUAUUUUUAUUAUGAUGAAUAGAACACUCAAGCAAAGACUGGGAAAAGAAUCUGAAGUCAGUUUUGUGCUUUUCGUUAAUGAAAUAUUGUAGACAUGUAACAGUCUCAUAUUUGUGUGACAAUGAAAGUGUUGCUGCAACCUUUCAUGAAAGCAGGAUCUGGAAUUGCGUCUCCAAUGCAGAAAUUAAGAAAAAAGUUGAUAAUGUAUUUUGUAUGUCCGGCAAGUAUAUUCUUGCCUGAAGCAGCUGACUAAAAUUGGGAGAGGGGAGUUGUCUUGAAGGGUGAGGGGGGGUUAGUAUUUUCCUAUACAUUUUUUUUUUUUUUUAGUUAUAUUGAAUUAAGGAAAAAAUUCUAGAGUUUUCCCCAUGUUAAUUUUAAUUGCUCAGUGGUUCAGGAUAAAAAGUUUCAAAACUUACUUGACCAAUUAUGUACAGUUUUGUCAUGUUGCCUAUUCACAAUGUUCACUCUCAAAAGAUCAGUUAUUUGUGGGUUAUUUUUAAUGAAGCCUUUGAGUAAUGCAUUUUGUAAUUCAAGUUUUGUUCAGGAGAAUAACAAGGUUUGUCUACAACAGAAUUAAAACACAGCAAAUAGUUCUACAUUGCAUGUUGUGUAUAAUUGCUGUAAAACACCAGUUCAUUACACCAAAAAAAUGUACAGUACACUAAUUUUGGCUGGGUUACAGGACAUAUUGCCAUCAACAUGUCUUAAGUAUUUUAAACAUUUUGUUGUCUUGGUUCAGACUUUAGUGUAUUUGGUGUUUUUGAGAAUUGUAUAGGAUAAAUCUCUUGUCUUCCUAUGACAAGUGUAAGAAUCAAAGUGAAAUUGUAAGUUAAGUUCACCAUAGAGAAUUUUUUGUAGUUUUCUGAUGUUUUAUUUUGUUUUAUAAACCACUUUCAUAAAAACAGUUCUUAAACCAAA